CGUCUACAUACAAUAGACAAAACCGCAAGCACGUAGUUCUCGACGUUUAUUUUGCUGUCUACCGCUUAGCAAUGCUUUUAAAAUUAUUCGCGAUAUUUUCUACGUUCAGCGGUAUCUACUGCUACGUAGAUUAUUCCUCAUCACCAGUAGUUGACAUCCAAGGACUGGGACAGGUUCGCGGUUCGAUUGGCCAAACUGCAUGGACAGGAAGAGUAGUUUACAAAUUCCAAUCGAUCCAUUAUGCUGUGGCUCCCGUGGGAUCUUUGCGUUUCAAGGCUCCUAUUCGGACCGGCCCUUGGUAUGGCAUCAAAGAUGCAACUCAGCCUGGAGUGCGAUGCCCGCAGAUCACCGAACGCUACGUCAAUGUGGACAACGAGGAUUGUCUUACGCUGUCGGUUUACUCGAAUGAUUUACACGCCUCCCGUCCGGUAAUGGUGUACAUCCACGGCGGAUGGUUCUACAUGGGAGGAGCCGACAUGUUCAAGCCAGACUAUCUACUAGAAUCGGACAUUGUUCUGGUGGUGAUCCAGUACCGAUUGGGACCACUCGGAUUUCUGAGUACCUUGACUGAUGCAAUUCCUGGCAAUGCUGGAGUAUUGGACGCCAUCGCCGCUUUGGAAUGGGUACAGCAGAAUAUCUGGAACUUUGGAGGGGAUCACGCACAGGUGACAAUUUUCGGACAAUCCGCUGGAGCGUCUAUGGUUUCGAUGCUGCUUCGCAGCCCAUUGGUGCAGAGUCGAGAAGCACAGUUAUUCCAACGAGCAAUUAUACAAUCUGGAUCGAUUUUCAAUCCAAGGCACCUAACUGAUUCUCCUUUGGAGGGCACAUGGGACAUUGCAAGACGUUUGUGCCAUGAAGGGUACGACCUAGAGCAGUGUUUCUGUAACGCUUCAGUGGAACAUCUUCUGAGAGCUUUUCUCAAUCAUCGUGCGGCAGCAAUCAGAAGCCGUGGAUUGACGUUCGUGGUGGGAUCCAACAUUGUAAUUGGAGGUCCUUCUAGGCUCUUUCCCUAUCAUCCUCAACACUAUCUUCGAACCACGAAUCCAGCGAUUGCGGUCAUGGCGGGAACUGUUUCUCAAGAUGGUUUGUACUUACUGGAUGAACUUUACCGCUUUCAACCCGAGCUGCCAACAGUUUUUAACGAUGCACAUGAGCUAAGCGACUACAUUCGUACUCUGCACGAAAAGUUUGGCCCAACGAGUUUCAAUGGUGCGCUGGAGGCUUACGCUUUGAAAACGCAUAUUUCAAAAGAGGAUAUAGAAGAGUUGCGCUGGAACAAGCUAGUGACUGGUUUUACUGAUAUUUGUGCGACGAGUGGACUCGAGGCAGCGGUGUUAACCGACGUGCAGAACCUCUUCCGGAUCAAUCCUGGUAACGUUUACCUCUACAGUUUCGACUAUUCCAGUUCGCUGGCGAGAGAAAAGGACCACUUCGUACCAUUUCCCUACGUGGGAGCUGUCGAACACGAGGACGAUCUGCAGUAUCUGUUUCCGAUGAAACAGAUGAACGCCGAUGAUGUGAAAAUGGCCAAGCUGAUGGUGCAACUUUGGACCUCGUUUGCUAUCGAUGGGGUUCCUAGGGCGAAUGAGAUUGCUACUGCGUGGACUCCGAUGAAAUCACUAUUUGGACCAUACCUGAAAAUAAACUCUGUGUGUGAGCAGAAUGUCGACUAUCGAGACGAGUUUACAGCAACUUCCAGGAAAUAUGAAGCUGUGAAGAUUUGAUUUUGUUAUUAACACCUGAAAUAUUGUAUUUGUUUUUUUUAUUGCUGAAGAUACUACUGUACUGAUACUGAUACUUACUGUAGAAAAGUUUAUUAUUUAAAGAAAGAACAGGUCUAUCACACAUUUGUGUCGGAAUGGAAAAGCCUAAAUUUUUUAAAUUCCCUGGAGAUCUGUCAAUUCUUCUGAUGAUACGUUAAGAAUUUCAUUUUAGAAUACCAUUAGAAAAUCCUACAGAAAUAAUC